AUGGAAAGAAAAAAAUUUGAAGGAAGGACCAAAGAAAGCAACAAAAUAUCAAAAACGAGAAAAACCGGAUUUUCAAAAUUCUCAUAUCAACCAAGUAGAGGAAAAACAUUUAAGUAUGCACCACAGAAAAAAAAAAUCGAUGUAAGAAAACAUAUUUUUAAGCAAUAUGGACGUAGCAAUUUAUCAAUGAUGAAUAGAAAAUAUUCCAAGAGAGGAGGAAUCAAUAGCUUUUAUACCAGAAGCAAGAAAAAAAUUGGUGGAAAUUUCUUAGAUAGAGGAUUUACAAAUGGACACGAUACUUUUAAUAGAAAAGCCAAAUCAAAUAAUUUCAGAAAAAGAAGAACUAAUUAUCGAACCAACAAAAGAAGAAAUUACUUUUUCAAGAAAACGCAGAAUCUGCAUGAUAAAAUAGGGAAACUCACGUCAAAGGAAUUGGACGAUGAAUUGGAUAAUUAUAUGGGAUCAAGCAAUGUAAAGACAAGAUUAGACAAUGAUUUAGAAUCAUAUUUUAAAAAUAACGAAACUUUACAAGUGGAUGGCAAUAAAUGA